AAAGUGAAACUCCAUAAAUAGCGCCAGAAACUCCAGAAAACCCCUUCAGCUUCUCUGCUUCCAAAACCUUUCUUCUUCUUUGCUUCCGAAACCUUUUCUUCUUCUUUGCUUCCAUUAUUUCCGGCGAAACCUUCUUACUCUCAGAUACUUGUUAUUUCUUUCAUCAUCAACCUCACCGUGUCUCUGAACUUUGCCACUGUUCUUCGUGAAUCCAAGCUCCUACUCACUGAUUCCACCAGCUACCAAACCCUUCACGAGAAAAUCAUCCCUUUUCAGAUUUCUUACAAUGUCGCAAGGACAAGCAGUUCCGUUUGCUGGGAAAUGGCACCAUUUUACAGUCAGGACUGAUGGAGAAAAGGUGGUUCCAGAACCACAUGGUGACGCCGAACACACAGAAACCUGGGAAUCGGAGGUGAUGAUCCCUUUCGCAGUGGAAAGAACAGUUUACGCUUUCGGUGGACCCCUGCCAGACCAAGCAUCACUUUCGAGUAAAAUGAACAAGGUAUUUCCCUGCUACCCAACUUGCGAACCUAGGAUUUUUGAUAGUGAGCCCUACAACUUUAAUUGUUUAAGCAAACCCAACAAACUCUUUCGAUCCGCCCCGUCAAUAGCCCAUAGGGAUUACCUACCUUGGCUUGAUCGAGUCGAACAAGCAUAUGAGGAUUUCUGGAAGACAUAUGGCAUCUUUGAUUUGAUACAAUUCUCUCGAUCUGGUCCUGAAUAUCGACCAGAAAUGCUGAUAGCAGCUAUGCACUUUUUCGAGUCUUCUACCAACACCUUUCAAUUCAAAUGCGGUAUGAUGACCCCCACUCUCUUAGAUGUAGCCGCCCUCACAGGCCUUAGGCCUAGCGGAGAAACUUAUGACCCCACUAAUUCUAGUGACAAUAUCAAGCUAGUAUAUAAGGAGAAUACCUUUUCCAAAUAUAUAGCUGAACACCAAGGACCGGUCGAAGAGGAGGUCUCUGAUGAAGAGCACGUAGCCUUCUUAACUCUGUGGCUAUCUCACUAUGUCUUCUGCACAAAAUCCUUGCAAGUAGCCAAAAGAUUUAUUCCAAUGGCAUUACAAAUUCAUGAAGGUCGGAACUUUGGAUUUGGACGCCUCUUGUUAGCAGUGCUAUACGAAUCACUUGGUGAGGCAUGCGAUGAUCUGAAGAAAUCGAAGGAUGGGUCUUCCUUCUUAGUGUCCGGGCCUAUGUGGCUUCUCCAAUUGUGGCUUAAUGCCACUUUCGAACAAGAAAUGGGAUUAAUAAUCCCACAAGAUUAUGCUGAAGAAGUUGCAAAUCGCUCGAUCGAAGGCCAGAGAGCACUUCGAUUAACACCCAAGACCUUAGAUCAAAACUCACAAAAGCUGUUCCUAAAGUACAUGAGGAUUUUUCUGAGCUUUGACAAGUUUCUUCCCCAACAUGCUCCAUUCAUUAGUCGAGAGGUUGGUCCGGCCUGGUUCACUGACUAUUUUCCUGCUGUCGAUCCGGACAAUGAAGAAGAAGUGAACGAAAUAUGGUCAUUUUACUUGAAUCCUCAAAUCCUGUCUUGUCGUACAGGUGUUCAAUCGAAUUAUUUAGGCCUGGUUGGAUACCAGCCUAAUUUGGUUUCAAGACAAUUUGGCCUCUCGCAAAUCCGUCCUAAAAGCUUGUUCGAAGAUCCUCGAGACGUCAUAAGAGGGGCCAAUCUUUCGGAAAAGACUUUCAAGAAGUUUUUGAAGAUUUCUCUUGAUGAAAACUAUAACCUGCAUCCUUUUGAGUUCAACCAUUCCCACUUCUGCACCAUGGGGUUUGUUACCUGGUGGGAGAAAUAUUAUUCGACCCGUUCAGUUGGAGACACUACUAUCAUGAUCUCCAGACUUGAGAGUGGUUUUACACAACCAACGGUCGAGAAUAUCCGCUCAAACCUUCAAGCUCGAGGCAAAACAAUCAUGACGAAGAAAAGUGCUGAAACGUCUCGAGCUGAUGUGAGACCCAAGAAACCCACUGGGGUGAAGAUCCAAGAAGGGAAACAAGAAGAAAAGGUAACUCUUCUGAACUUAUCUUUUACUCUUAACGUCUUGCCUCAUAUUUCUUUAUUUUUCAGAGUCAAAAGAAAGAUGAUAGCAUUGAUACUACCACGACUUCGAAACGCUCGAAGCAUGCGGUCGUCGAAUUAG